ACAGACAACGCGAAGUACAGCCCGACGAGUUGGACAUUAAGUUCCCAAUGUGAUAUUUUAUCAAAUCUGAUUUGAAUUUUGCCGGACAUUUUCCUCUGCAACUGCCUCUGACUUGGGCAACAUUGUACCUCAACAUUCCCAUGACCUAGAAAGACCUAUCUUCCAAGCAGCACUUUCCAGUGUCAAAAUUGGCCAAGAAUUUGCGAAGAAAACAAAGCAUAACCUCAAACGCCAAAAUUCUAAUCAACCAAACUCCCAAGACCAUAAACAGAAACAAAGUUCUGUCAAGAGCGCUGUCAUCUUUUUACUGUUAUGAAACGUUUAUUGUAGCUGGCGCGACGUCAUAAUUUCGUCCUUUUGUGUGCAUAAUACCUCGGGAAUUUCAGCGGAGCCGCAGCGACCAGUGACGAUGUAGAAAGUGUGAAUUUCGCGUGUCGGACUUCUACCAAGUUGGAGUGUGCAAUAAUAAGUGAGAAAAUGAAAGAAGAAAUCGGGCACCAGCACGGUCUGUCGACGAAAGCCGCCAUUGGUCGGCUGCACGACGAAAUCAAGUCCGUGCUGGAUGUAUACGAGGGAAAGUUCAACAGGGAAAGCAAACUUGCCAAGGCCAGGUCUGCGUUCGUUACGCGAUACGAUAGUCCCCUGGGAUGGUUCUCCAUCAUCGGAACCGUCCUGGCGAUAAUCGGACUAUUUGUCACCAACGAAAUUUUCCCGGCACUGGUCAUGCUAACCAUCCUCGGCUUAAACGUCUACUUUGUGAUUCGCGAGAAUAAUUUGCGACGCACAGAGAUAUUCCGCAAAGUGCAAGGCGUUCUGGAUGAGUUGCAGCUGGUCCGCGAACAUUUCUGCGGCGAAUGGCAAGAGUGCAAUUACCCACACAAGUGGUGUCCGUUAUCCCCAUGCGUCUCGCUGCAAUGGACUUACCGAGACGGAAAAAUGGUCAACUUGCCAUGGUCGCUUCUGGUCAACGGCGAUUACAUUGUGAUGCGACCGGGGCAGGUUGCCCCUGGCCCAUGCACCGAGAUUUCAGGGAAAAGAAAAUUUGGCACUAACGAAAUGUAUGGAAUAACGCAGCCAGUGGACCCUCCUUCGAAGCCCGUGGCGAGGACUCCUCUUCCGGAUCUUGUGUGUAUUCUGGAGAAUACACCGUUCAUCAGCAACCUGACCGUCAUCCUGGAGAAUUCCCUGAAACGGCCGGCCACGAUCUAUAAUCAGCAGCGAUACUUGCUCGUCACGAAGUACAUUCAGCAGUUUGGCUUCACGCUGGCGCUCCUUGUCACGCUUCUGGCGGGAUUACUUCGCUUCUUGGAAUACGGACUGCCAGAAAAAAUGACCAAACAUUGGAUCGAACUAUAUGUAGACGGACCCAUUGCCACAAUUAUUCCAAUUUUGCCACUCAUUUUCCCGAUAAUGUGGAUUGCGGUCAACCUCUGGGGCAUAGCACGUCUAGAAACCUUCUUACUCAUGCGUGAAUAUACUCCACACUCCCAAGAUGAUGUGGAGAAAUCCUUUAAUGAAGAUUUCGAUUCACCAAACUACGACCUCGAAAACAUUUCAUUGCCGCGUCGUCAAGUUUUAGCUUCAUGGAUUUCCUUGUGGUAUGGAUCGAGUGAUUUGCUUGGUCGUAGUGCAAACGUUGUGCAAGUAUUAGGCUCGAUAACGGCUUUGUGCUGUGUUGAUAAAAAGGGAAUUUUAUCAUGGCCCAAUCCAACAGCCGAGAAAGUUUUCUUUCUCCAUAAUGCGGAUGAAAAAGAAAUGGAGUCCAGUGAAGAGAAUUCUGAUGAUGAUGUCGUGCCGCCACCUCCUACUGCACCACAAACUGAACAUAACAGUGAAAAGUCCGGAAUUGUUGCAGAAGUACUGGAUUUAACUCCAAAUCAGCAGUGUCCGUUCAAACUGGAGUUCGAUGAUCAUGAGUGGAAGAAUCAUAUUACAUCGUUAAAACCAUUAGGUCUAGCGAUUCUCCUCAACACGUGUAGCCCUUUAACUCACGCUCAUUACGCACAAUUUUGCGGCCACGUAACGGCCGUCGCUAUGCUCGAUAAAGAUUUAGUUCCCGUAACCAAUCGGUAUGCGAUUAUUGAGUCCAGUCUUAAUUGCUUUAUGCAUGGCCGAUGUCUUUGUGAAUUAGCGAAACAGAUUGGAUUUACAACACACGCGACCGAUAUAUUUGCAUUGGAAGGGCAGCUUGCAACAUAUCGACAUUUGCAACCUGAAGUCGUUCGUCGUGAUAUUCGCUUCGCUCGGUCCUUGCAAAUUUCAUCAAAAGUGAAAGUUCCAUUCCCUCACUCUCUGUCAGUGAUAAUGCGUGAAUCGCCGGGUGGAUAUUUGUCACUUUUCACACAAGGAACUGCGGACAUUAUCCUCGAUUGCUGCGAUGAUUUUUGGGAUGGAAAGGAUUUAAGACCACUGGGACCUCAGGAUCGGAAACGUGCCCAGGAUUUCUAUCAAAGGAGUGCUUUGACAGCGUAUUGUACAGCGUUUUCAUACAGACCUCUCCGCCACGGUAUCUGCGGCUCAUUAAGUGGAUCGAACAACGAUGGAAUUGCGUAUUUAGAACUACCACCGGAAUCCAAAUAUCGCAUGCAGCACGUCGAUAAGUCACACUGCGAUUUCGAGGGUCAUACAAAGUUGAGCCAUUCUAUUAGUACCGAUUCACUUUUGUUCUCCGAUGCGAAAGAUGAAGAUGUGGCUGAUGUCGAAGGCUGCUUCGAAAUGCAAUGUCAUCAAGUAUUCAUUGGAAUGAUAACAAUGCAAUAUCAAGCGCAAACUGAUAUUGUCCAUUUAGUAGAACGAUUGGAGCGCGCAUGCAUACGUUUCGUACACUUCAGCAAAGAAAAUGAAUUGCGUUCAAGAGUAUUUUCAGAGAAGCUCGGAUUGGAGUCAGGAUGGAAUUGUCAUAUUUCUUUGCUUAGUGAUGAUUCCGUUUCGAAUCCUCAUUCGCCUAAAAACUCUGAAAAAUUCGAUUUCCGAAAUACCAGUCAGAAUAAAAUUGACGACAAUGCCAUAGACUCUGAAAUGAACUGUUUGCUUCCAUCAACUGGGUUGGAAUCGUCAAAGACUCUCAGCUCAUCAGCUCCCGGUGCUAUAUCAAAUCAAGACUGCAACAUGUUAAGCGUUACCACCGAAAACUCCCUAGAACGCAAUGAUUCCACUAAUUUCCAAAAUGAACAACAUCAAUCCGAAGACUCUGCUUUGGAAGAAAACUGCCGUUCACUGAGCAUUCUUACAGACAGUACGGAACAAAGCGCUCCUAUAAAUUUCGAUAUGUCGAAUCGUGCAAAGUUACCGAGAGGUAUCAAGAAUAUUCGACCGCAUUUGGAAAAGGUUGAUAAUGUCCCGUUACAAGUGUCAUUAUUCACGGAUUGUUCUGCAGAAGCAACCCGUGAAAUGUUGAGUAUCAUGCAAUCAUAUGGGGAGAUUGUUGUUUGCAUCGGAUCGAGCGCAAGUAAUUCAAAUGCAGAGAUUUUUCUACAAGCGGAUUGUAGCAUUGCCGUGGAGCCUCUAUAUCCGCAGGUUUGCCAGGACAUCGCGGCAUAUGAUGAUACGAACAUUCUAAACAACAGGCUUCGAGUUACGAAGCAACGAAAAGACUUUGAUGAGAAAACAUCAGCAAAUCAAAAACGGUUCCUAAAACAACACCAAUCGAUUAGACCAAACCUAAUUUCUCGCAAUAUGACCAUAUCACCAAUAUAUUUAAGUCGCAUGCUCAAUUCAAUUCCGUGUUCAAUAUCUGUGUGCCGUGAUGACCCGUUUUCAAUUGUUGCCAUUAUUGAGUUGUCUAGACGGUUCUCGGCCGGCCUUUGGAAUUGUAUACAGUUCUGGGCAUGUUGCGGGUGUUCUCUUGCCGUCAUAAAUAUGUUAAAUGCUUGCAUAUCGCUCCCACCCAUAUUUACACCAAUAACCUUGUUGUACUUAAUGUGUAUUGCUGUACCGUUACUAUCUUUGGCAUUGAUUCGAAUCGAAUUGGAUUUGAAUAUUAUGAAUCGAGCGACUGGAAAGAAACAGACUAAGUUCGACUCGAGAGUUUUUGGCUUUGUUAUCUGGUGCUAUGGUUGUAAAUUUCUAACACCAAUUUUAGUUGUGAUGCUUUCCUACUGUGCAUUUAUGGGCCACCCGAUGGAAUUUCUAGAUAUAAACGAAGAAAGAUAUGAGGGCAACCUAGAAGUCUCACGAUCUUUCUGUCUGAUGGCAAUCGUCUUACACUUUGUGAUAAUAUCAGCGUCGUUUGUCCAUCGUGAUCAUCUCAUCUGGCGCAAGAAUCCGUGUACAAACCGAAUUUGGAUUCUCUGCAGUUUAGCGCUCAUAGUGUGCCAUUCUAUCAUUUGCAGUCUACAAGUAUCGUUGAGUGAUUACAUAAUCCAUGAAUUGCCAAAAGUAUGGCCCAUUGUUCUAUUUUUGAUAACAUCAAGUGUGCUAAGUUUUAUUGUGACGGAGAUUUGUAAAUGGCAGGAGAUUAAAUUUAACCUACGCUACCAAAGACGUGCCAGACUAGAUUUUGGAACUAAACUUGGAAUGAAUUCACCUUUUUAAAUCAUCACACUUGUUCCAGAAGUAACCUUCACCAAUUUGUCAUUGUUGUUAGUAUGUACUUCGUGUUCUAUUUUUCUUUCUCGUAAGAACAAAGUAUUUUAUAUGGAUUGUCUUCGUGUAGGUAUUUAUUACCGCUGUUUUUGUAAUUUACAUUAUUGACUAUUUUAAGUAGUUGUAUACAGACUUUUUACUUCCAACAGAAAAAAAGAGGAUACAUAUUGUACUGUUCAUAUUCUAGGAAUAAUAGUCAGAAUAUAAAGGAUGAAACUGAAAAAUUAUAUUUUUGUUUAAAAGUU